GCGACUCCAGCUCAUGCUUCUGAAACAAAGCUAAGGACGCUUGCUUUGAUCAUUUUAAUUAUAAUAGCCCAUUUGGGCAACUGUUCAAAUAUUACAUUAAAACCGUCGUUCUACGGAAUAUCACAAAAGACAGCAUGGCUGCAGACUGGUUAGGUAGUCUGGUGUCGAUAAACUGCGGAGAAUCUCUGGGGGUGUACCAAGGCGAGGUGUCGUCUGUGGACCAGUCCAGCCAGACCAUCACCCUCAAACAGCCCUUCCACAAUGGAGUCAAGUGCCCUGUGCCCGAGGUCACUUUUAGUGCCGUGGACAUCAAGGAGCUGAAGGUCCUGGAUAUAGUGAGUGGUAGAGGUGGUGUGGUUCCGAAGAGCAGCGAUCCGGUCUCAGUCCCACACCGAGGACACCAUAAGACCCAGGACAGGCUGGCUUCACCGCAGCAGUGCUCUAAAAGCUUCGGAGAUAAACACCUGGAGGUGCCGGGCCAGUCCAAGGGUUUCAGACGGAGACACAACUCCU